AUGGAUAUUCCUGCUUUUGAGGAACUCGUGAAACAAAUAAAAAUCAACUUCUGGUUAAUCGGAAUACCUUUCAAUGAUGUGAAGCUACAUUUUCGAUUCUACUUAUUAUUAUUCAGCUUGAUGAUUAUGGUAGCAGAGGAGUGCGGAUUUCUGUUUGUGGAAUAUUCCCCUGAAAACUUAUUGGAGAUAACAGAGCUAACACCGUGUACUUGUAUCGGAAUACUUUCGGCAUUAAAAAUUAUCAGUAUUACUCCAUACCGUCACAAAAUUUUCAAACUUACUGAGUCUCUAAAUGAACUGUAUUCGGAAACUUUAGAAAAUCAGGCGGCAAAGAAACUGAUUACAAAGAAAAUAAUACUGAUGAAGAAUCUUGUGACGUAUUAUUUUGUAUUGAACGUGGUACUGGUGUCCGUUUAUAACUUUUCCUCGGUGGUGAUCAUGUCAUACACUUACAUCAAAACAGGAAAAACUGUGUUCUAUUUGUCUUAUGCGAUUUUAGUACCGUUUUCAAUUGACACCUGGCCAACAUGGAGUCUUGCCUUUAUCCACGCAAUUAGCAGUGGUUACAUUUGUGUGUUAUUGUUCACAACAAUAGACGCCCUCUAUUACGUGCUCAGUCUUCAUAUCUGCAACAACUUCUCUUUGCUAGCGGAGGAUAUUCGAUGCCUUAACGAAACGAACUCGCAAAAUAUACGUGACAUAGUCAAGAAGCACCAGCACCUACUAAAGAAAGUAUUUUAUCAAACAUAA